AAGAGUGAAAGCAGAGAGAGAGAGAGAAGGGGGAAUUCAAUCAGCAAGAGGGGGAAGAACAGCAACCCUGCUGCUAUAUAUAGGACAGUACCACAACAUGACUCCAGCUGUUGGGGGAAACAUGGAGCAGCUUUGCUAAGCUUCUAUGGUGGACCAAUUGUGUGGAUCUAAUGAGAGUGCAGAGAACUCGGGAGAUUUGGGAUUGAAGUGACCCCUGAGUCAAGCAAUCUGUGGUAGGACUCAGUUGCUGUAUUUGUGAAUUAUUAUUUGGGGUGGAUCGAAUCCAAAGGCCAAGGCGCUGGGUGCUGUGACUGGAUUCUUCUGGGAAGAUGGGAAGCAAAGCAUUGCCAGCCCCAAUACCCUUGCACCCUUCCCUGCAACUGACUAACUACUCCUUCCUGCAAGCAGUGAACACCUUUCCAGCAGCUGUGGACCAUUUGCAAGGACUUUAUGGCCUCAGUGCUGUGCAGACCAUGCACAUGAACCAUUGGACACUGGGUUAUCCCAACAUGCAUGGUAUUACUAGGUCCACCAUCACUGAAAUGGCAGCGGCCCAAGGAUUGAUGGAUGCAAGGUUCACCUUUCCCGCGUUGCCUUUUGCAACCCAUCUCUUCCACCCUAAACAGGGAACCAUUACCCAUGUCAUCCCAGCCUUGCAUAAGGACAGGCCCAGGUUUGACUUUGCCAAUUUGGCCAUUGCUGCAACACAAGAGGACCCCCCAAAGAUGUCUGAUCUCUCCAAGCUUAGUCCAGGGCUUGGGAGCCCUAUUUCAGAAAUCAGCAAGUUGUCCCCAGACCGAAAACCUUCCAGAGGGAGGUUACCCUCCAAGACUAAAAAAGAAUUUAUCUGCAAAUUUUGUGGAAGGCACUUUACAAAGUCUUAUAAUUUGCUCAUUCAUGAAAGAACCCACACGGACGAAAGGCCUUACACGUGUGACAUAUGCCACAAAGCAUUCAGAAGACAGGACCACCUAAGGGACCACAGAUAUAUUCAUUCCAAAGAAAAGCCAUUCAAAUGCCAAGAGUGUGGCAAAGGAUUCUGCCAAUCUAGAACCCUGGCAGUACACAAAACCUUACACAUGCAGGAAUCUCCCCACAAAUGCCCCACAUGUGGAAGAACAUUUAAUCAGAGAAGUAAUCUGAAAACUCACCUUCUCACCCAUACAGACAUCAAGCCUUACAACUGUGAACAGUGCGGAAAAGUAUUCAGGAGAAACUGCGACCUGCGGAGGCACAGUCUAACCCACAGUCCCAGGCAGGACUUCUGAGCUGCGCAGCCACACCUCCCCUGCGGUUACACAAGCCUAGCUACCCUGCCCUAGGAGAGAGGGCUCUCACUGCUAAACCCAAGGACUUGAUUAUUUUAGACUGGACUCUACCAAGCUAUAGCCAGACUGAAGCCUGAUCUUGCUCUCUGUACAGAUAGAAGCUCAUUUUAGAGCUCUGUAAAUAUUGGUAUUAUUAUUUUUUUUAUUGUCCUGUCUUGAUGCACACUGAUACAAAAUUUGGAAAAAAAAAUAGCUUCAAAACUGUAUUUUAAAAAAUAAAAAUAUCAUUUUUCAAGUAA